AUGCCUGACAUAUUGUGUAGUGGAGAUACAAUGUCUUCUAAUGGAGUCAUUGUUUUAACAAAUGUCAGUUACGCAAGUCGGGUCGGUCGAGUCACCUAUGCUCACAACGUGCAACUCUGGAGCUCCGACAAGAAAAAACUCUCAAGCUUCACCACCCACUUCUCCUUCACCGUCGACACCAAAGGAAACAAGGAUUAUGGAUCUGGGUUUGCAUUUUUUCUUACUCCCGUAGGUUUUCAAAUCCCACCGAAUUCUGCCGGUGGUUUUCUUGGCCUAUUUAACACAACCAACGGCUCUUCUAAAAACCAAAUUGUUCUUGUCGAGUUUGACUCUUAUUCGGAUGACUGGGAUCCUAAAUUUGAGCACGUGGUAAUCAACAUCAAUUCAAUUGCCUCUAACCUCUAA